AUGAAGAUGCUGGCUUCCAACUAUGAGGAUGAUCCAAUCGAUGUGCUGGUCGGUGACUGGAUGAGCGAGGGGAAUAUGACGGCAAGAGCGAAUACAAAGAACAAUGGCCAAAUCGCCGCAUAUGAGCCUUCGUUUCUUGAAGCCCUCGAGCCUGCACUGCCGUAUAUUGCUAAAUACCGCAUCAAAAUUGCUGUCAAUGCGGGUGCGUCGGACACGAAAAGACUGCACGAAGUGGUUACGAAGAUGGUACAGGCGAAAGGACUGGACCUGAGUGUUGCGUGGAUUUCCGGAGACGAAGUCUUGCCACAGCUACUCGAGGCGCAGAAACGUGGCGACUCACCGUUCGAAAAUAUAUGCACAGGUGAUAAGCUGGGCGAUUGGCAAUUCGAGCCUAUGUACGCGCAGGCUUAUCUCGGGGGACUAGGCAUUGCGCAGGCGUUGGACCGGGGCGCGGAUAUCGUCGUAUGUGGGAGAGUGUCUGACGCGAGUCCUGUCAUCGGGGCGGCAUAUUGGUGGCAUAAAUGGCAACGAACAGAUCUGGACCAACUUGCAAACGCGUUUGUGGCUGGGCAUCUGUCAGAGUGCUCGUCGUAUAGCACGGGCGGGAACUAUACCGGCUUCAAAGAUCUGGAAUGUCUGGGUUGGUCGAAUAUCGGGUAUCCCAUUGUCGAGAUUUCACAUUCUGGUGACGUCGUUGUCACGAAGAAUCUAGGUUCUGGGGGUGAGGUCUCGGUCAACACACUCACUUCGCAGUUUCUGUACGAGAUCCAGGGCCCGUGGUAUUUCAACUCGGAUGUCACUGCGAUUCUCGACGACAUCUCCUUCGAGCAACUCUCUACGAACCGCGUAGCAUUGCGAGGCGUCAAGGGCGCACUUCCUCCUCCAACAACGAAAGUUGGCAUCACAGCCAAACCAUUGUACCAAGCAGAGAUGCACUGGUUCUUGACAGGUCUUGACAUCUCCGCCAAGGCACGCAUGAUCGAGCAGCAGAUACGUACACAGAUGGGCUUGCAUGUCCACAACUUCACGAAGCUCUCUUUCCAAACCAUUGGGUCCUGCGCAGAGAAUCCCACAAACCAAAACGCCGCGACGGUGGACUUCCGCGUAAUCGCCCAAGCACGAAAAGCACAAGAUCUGGCACCGGCAAAGUUUGCGCGCUCGUGUAUCGAUCCUAUCAUGUGCGCGUAUCCGGGAGCAACGCCGCACCUCGACCUCAGGCAGGCCCUUCCUAAAGAGGUAUUCGAGUACUACGUGACGCUUCUCCCGCAGUCGGACGUCAGACAUCAGGUGCAUCUUUCCCCGGGCGAGACGAUUGCCAUCCCCCCACCGAUAGAAACGAGGAUAUACCCCAAAACUCAGCCCAUGCAAGAUCCCACUUCAAAACACGUUCCAAUGAGCACCUUUGGCGCCACUGUGCAUGCCCCGCUUGGCACAAUCGUGCAUGCGCGCUCUGGCGACAAGGGCUCUGAUUGCAAUGUUGGGUUCUGGGUCCGGCAUCAGGACGAGUACGCAUGGCUUCAGAACCUUCUAUCUGUGGACUUCAUGAAGAAGUUGCUGGCAGACGAGUACAAAGACGGGAAGAUAGAAAGAUGUGAGUUUGCGGGUCUGAGAGCUGUGCACUUUCUGCUCAAAGACCAUCUUGAUCGGGGCGUGAGUUGCACGACGAGUGUGGAUUUCUUGGGGAAGAAUUGUGCGGAGUACUUGAGGGCUAGAUGGGUAGAGGUGCCCUUGCGAUUCUGGGCGAGGGGGAGGAUCUGA